AGGUCAUUAAGUAAAACCGCAUGGCUUUACAGUAAGCUAAUUCCGAAAGAUUCCCCAGCAAACAAAAGCGUAAAAAAAUGACUUAUUAGUUGCUUAUUUUCCUUUUCUGGCAUAAAUAAUUAUGAGUCUUUCUUUGACUCUGCUGCAACACUUAGAUUACAAGUUAACAUGGAUUCCAACCAAUACUUCAAUAGUAAUUCAUAGCGUAAAUUCUCAAUCUCAAGGUUAAGAUAUGGAAAUAGAAAAAAUCAUCCUUAUAUUCUGCAACUCAUUGAACAGUCAGCCAGUGGCGCUUCUGAAGGCAGAGUUUCUUGUUCCCUCAGCUCUCAGGUAUGCCUUUCGCUUCAUUUUCAGCUGCGAAUUUCUUCGUGUCUUUCUGUCUGAUACUUCUCUUAUGAGUAAACAGACUGGCACAGCAUAUCUUGCAGUGAGCGAAUGGUGAGAUGUUUCUUUUGGUGUAUCAGGUCACUCCCAUUGCUAUGCUAUGGAAAACCAGCAAGGACUUGUAGCUUCAAGGAGAUUCCUGACUGCAAUGGCAGUUUGCUUUAUAGCGUUGCCUGUUUUGGUCAUCUUGAUCCCUGGAAUUCAUCAGGAAUCCCCUAUCUCCGAUGUGCUCGGGCGAUUGUACAAACUACACCCAGUUGGAGAAGGAGCUGCUUAUAACAACAGCAAUGCACACCACCUGGUUGAUGAUCCACAACCAGUUGGACAAGGAGUUGCUCUUAACGAAAGCAAUGCACACAACCUAUCUGAUGAACAACCAGGUGGACAAGGAGUUGCUCAUAGCAACAGCAAUGCACACCAUCCGGUUGAUGAUCCACACCCAGUAGGACAAGGAGUUGCUCUUAACGAAAGCAAUGCACACCUGGUUGAUGAUCCACAUGCAGUUGGACAAGGAGUUGCUCUUAACGAAAGCAAUGCACACAACCUAUCUGAUGUUCCGCACCCAGUCGGACAAGGAGUUGCUCAUAACGACAGCAAUGAACACAACCUGUCUGAUGAUGGUCUUUUUGCUCCAGGGUUCGACGAGAAGUCAUGCUUAAGCAGAUUCCAGCACCGACUUUACCGCAAAUCUGAAAGGAAGCCUUCUGCUUAUUUACUCUCCAAACUGAGAAGCUACGAACAUCUCCACAGGCGCUGUGGCCUCUACACUGAUCCCUACAACAGAACUCUGACAGUGAUCAGGUCAGGGGAGGACGUCGAUGAUACCACCACUGGUAGCAUUACUGCCUGUAAAUAUCUCAUAUGGCAUCCUGUGAAUGGCCUAGGGAACAGAAUGAUAAGUCUGGCAUCCACAUUUCUCUACGCUUUGCUAACCGACAGAGUUCUUCUUGCUGAUCUUACCCAAGACAUGGCUGAUCUCUUCUGCGAGCCGUUUCUGGGCUCUCCUUGGAUCCUACCUCUGGAGUUUCCUCUCAGGAACCUUGCCCGUAACGGUAAGUUAAGAUUUGCUCACAGCGCCGGCAAAGCCCUGAAGAACAGCACAUUGAAAGUGACACCACCAGACUCCCCUGCCAAAGCACCUCCAUUUCUUUUCAUCAAUCUAUACCAAGGGAAGUACGCUGAUGAGCCUAGUAGUUUCUACUGCGAUGAAAGCCAAUCAUUUCUUCGGAGAGUCCCCUGUUUGAGUCUGCUAUCGGACCAAUACUUCGUGCCUUCUCUCUUCCUCAUUAAGUCAUUCAAAAAGGAGGCAAUCAGACUGUUCCCAGAGAAAGAAGCAGUCUACCAUCACCUGGUUCACUAUCUAAUGCUCCCUUCGAAUCAGGCUUGGGAGCUAAUCACCAGAUUCUACGAAGCAAAUCUUGCCAAAGCAGAUGAAAGGAUCGGGCUCCAAGUAAGAGUCUUUGAAGAGCAAUUCAUUCCAAUUCUUACAGAUAAAAUUCUGACUUGCUUGCAGAACCAAACCCAUCUUCCUAAGAUCGACAACAAGAAACCGAAACUUUCAUCUUCUUCUUCCUCACCCAGAAAUCAGACACCAACAACAACAACAACAGCUGUCCUAAUAACAUCCUUGUACCCACAAUUCUACCAGAACCUCAGCACAAUGUACUCAAACAAACAAACAGUUAGCGGCGAAGUGAUCAAGUUUUACCAGCCGAGCCACGAGGGGAAGCAGAGGUUCGAGGACGGCGAGCACAACAUGAAGGCAUUGGUUGAGAUAUAUCUGCUUAGCAUGUGUGAGAAGCUGGUGAUUAGCGCAGAUUCGACCUUUGGGUAUGCAGCUCAGGGUUUAGGAGCAAAUCGAGCCUGGAUCCUGCUACGACCGGGGUAUGGUUUCCGUGAUUCAUGUGUAAGAGACCUGUCAGUAGAGCCAUGCUUUCAAUGGCCUCCUCCGUCUAGGAACUGCAUUGGCGAUAGAAACAACAGCGGCAGCAGCAGACACGAUGAUGUUACUGAAAAUGUGGCUUAUUUGAAGCAUUGCGAGGACUGGAAGAGUGGAGUGAAACUAGUUGACGUUCAUGAAGAGUUGUAGAAGCUAGCUCAAGAUGACGAUGAUUGAAUUCUUUAGGAGGAGGAAUAUGGCCAAUUUGUUUAUCAGUAGAACGAAGUGAGAAAUAUAGUUGAAUCGAUUGAUUUUUCCUUUUAGGGUUUGGUUGUCUGCUGGUAUUCGGAAUUGGCAGGAAUAAAGCUAAUUUCAGAUU